CCUCAGAACAGGUAGUUUAAUGACUGAAUGCAGAGUCCCAGCAAGAAGAGACGAGAAAUUAAACCUAAAUUGCGAGGGUGCGUUUACGCUAGCCCAGUAGUUCGGUAAAAUUGUGUCAAGUUUCCCGUUGGGCUAGCAGAAAAUGUAUUGAUUUUACUUUAAUCAGUUUUGGAUUAAAAGAAAAAACAUAACUUAAAAUUGCGAUGCCAUUGUACUUCAUUCAUGUGUAGGUUCUAAACACGGAGGAAGAAAAAGCCUGACGAGGUUGGGCCAUUGACUUGUGUUGCUCAGGGCUAAUAAAUUUGAAAGAUUACUGACCGCUGAAUCGUUGUAUCACCUCUCUCUUUUCAGGAUGACUCGGGUCACAUAAACUUUCGUGAAUACCUGAUUGGUUUGGCGCUUGUGUCUCAGCCAGCUAAUAGUGAAGAGGCCAUGCAGUUAGCUUUUCAGGCUUUUGAUAUGAACGGUGAUGGAAGAGUUGAUGAGUCUGAGCUGCGUCACAUUCUUCAGAGUGCGUACCCGUCCAUUACGGACCUGAAUGUCAACUGUUUGUUCAAUCAGGUGGAUGUGAAUCGCAGAGGAUCUGUUACGUAUGAGGAGUUUCGGGAUUUCUCCGUGUCUCACCCAGAGUACGCUUUUUUGUUCGCACAUUACAAGAAAGACCAAACAGAGACAAAGGGCGCCAGUAAUCAGGAUCAAGAACACUUUCAAAUGGAAGCUCAUGCUUGAAAAACGCAUGGAAAUUGUAGGCCUGCAUUGCGUGCAGACAGAUAUUUUAUUUAACUAGUUUUUGUACUGAAAGCAAAAUGUGUUACACAAUCAUUAUUUUUUUGCACUCCAUGUGUGUCAUCAUUGAAGUGUUUUAAGCCGGCCAAAAAAGUUAAUCUAUUUAGACUAUUUAUCUGCUUCUAAGUACAAGUGUAUGUUAAUUUUGGUCGACAUUCCUGAAGCACAACAAUGGUGAGUGAAUUGACUUGUAUUACUAGUGGUGUGGUGUUUUAGGAAAGGCUUUUGAUAAAGCGGCGUCAGAAGUCAAAUUAACGGCCAGGCUUUAACCAGAUAAAAACAUUUUGGUCAACAUGGAUUAGACCAUUGGUCAUUAUUUCACCUAGAAAUGUCUGUUGUAUGUAAUCUUUUCUUAAUGCUACCCCUACGCCCUAUUCUAAGCUCGUAAGCAUCUUUGUCCUGAUAGUGUUAAACAAUUUCUCUCCUCGGUCUGUUUGCUGGUCUCUGCCAGUUAAUUAUUGUACAGAAAACAGGAACGGUAAAAUUUAGCAUUGAAGUCAGCAUCAAACUACAAUGCUAAACCCGUUUCAAAACGUACAGUCUAGUAAGACAAAUUCCGUCAUGUUUUCGCUUUUCUUUGUAAAAAGGAAUUUACGCAAGUUAUGCAUCUUAAGGUAUUUAUCAUUCAAAUUAUAUUUAUUUCGCUGCUUAUACAUAUCAUUGUAAAACACUUUUAUAGCUUGUAAAGCAUUCUUAGUAUUUCUUCAUAUUUUUUAACCAUUUUAAAGCAUAUUGGUGUCCAAGCAAUGCAGUGGGAGUUUUUAAAGGGGCUAUGUCACGGAGUGCGCAGCCUACCUCUAAAAAGAAAUUAACCCUGUCUAAAAUUGCCGCUCCGUUCCAGUCUUUCCUGGCCUACAUCU